UGCAGAGCCAUGGCCAGAACCAAGCAGACAGCCCGUAAGUCCACCGGCGGGAAAGCUCCCCGCAAGCAGCUGGCCACUAAGGCCGCCAGGAAGAGCGCCCCCGCCACUGGCGGAGUCAAGAAGCCUCACCGCUACCGGCCCGGGACCGUCGCUCUCCGGGAGAUCCGGCGCUACCAGAAGUCCACCGAGCUGCUCAUCCGGAAGCUGCCCUUCCAGCGCCUGGUGAGAGAGAUCGCCCAGGACUUCAAGACCGACCUUCGCUUCCAGAGCUCGGCCGUCAUGGCCCUGCAGGAGGCCAGCGAGGCUUACCUGGUCGGGCUCUUCGAGGACACCAACCUCUGCGCCAUCCACGCCAAGCGGGUCACCAUCAUGCCCAAGGAUAUCCAGCUGGCCCGCAGGAUCCGAGGGGAGAGGGCUUAGAUCUGCGCCCCGCACCCAACAAAGGCUCUUCUCAGAGCCACCACCUCCUCCAGAGACGAGCUCCA